UGACUAUAUAAGGGAGCGCCGGGCGCGGCGCAGCUAGUUCCGUCGGAGCCGGAGUUCGGUCGCCGUCUGCCUGCGCACUGCUGCCGCCACCGCCGCCGCUUGACAAUGCAGAUCUUCGUGAAAACCUUAACUGGCAAGACCAUCACCCUCGAGGUGGAGCCCAGUGACACCAUCGAGAACGUCAAGGCGAAGAUCCAGGACAAGGAGGGCAUCCCCCCUGACCAGCAGAGGCUGAUCUUUGCCGGCAAGCAGCUGGAAGAUGGCCGCACCCUGUCCGACUACAACAUCCAGAAGGAGUCCACCCUGCACCUGGUGCUGCGCCUCAGAGGUGGCAUGCAGAUCUUCGUGAAGACCCUGACCGGCAAGACCAUCACCCUCGAGGUGGAGCCCAGUGACACCAUCGAGAACGUCAAGGCGAAGAUCCAGGACAAGGAGGGCAUCCCGCCUGACCAGCAGAGGCUGAUCUUUGCUGGCAAGCAGCUGGAAGAUGGCCGCACCCUGUCCGACUACAACAUCCAGAAGGAGUCCACCUUGCACCUGGUGCUGCGCCUCAGAGGUGGCAUGCAGAUCUUCGUGAAGACCCUGACCGGCAAGACCAUCACCCUCGAGGUGGAGCCCAGUGACACCAUUGAAAACGUCAAGGCGAAGAUCCAGGACAAAGAGGGCAUCCCCCCUGACCAGCAGAGGCUGAUCUUUGCUGGCAAGCAGCUGGAAGAUGGCCGCACCCUGUCCGACUACAACAUCCAGAAGGAGUCCACCCUGCACCUGGUGCUGCGCCUCAGAGGUGGCAUGCAGAUCUUCGUGAAGACCCUGACCGGCAAGACCAUCACCCUCGAGGUGGAGCCCAGUGACACCAUCGAGAACGUCAAGGCGAAGAUCCAGGACAAGGAGGGCAUCCCCCCUGACCAGCAGAGGCUGAUCUUUGCCGGCAAGCAGCUGGAAGAUGGCCGCACCCUGUCCGACUACAACAUCCAGAAGGAGUCCACCCUGCACCUGGUGCUGCGCCUCAGAGGUGGCAUGCAGAUCUUCGUGAAGACCCUGACCGGCAAGACCAUCACCCUUGAGGUGGAGCCCAGUGACACCAUCGAGAACGUCAAGGCGAAGAUCCAGGACAAGGAGGGCAUCCCCCCUGACCAGCAGAGGCUGAUCUUUGCCGGCAAGCAGCUGGAAGAUGGCCGCACCCUGUCCGACUACAACAUCCAGAAAGAGUCCACCCUGCACCUGGUGCUGCGCCUCAGAGGUGGCAUGCAGAUCUUCGUGAAGACCCUGACCGGCAAGACCAUCACCCUCGAGGUGGAGCCCAGUGACACCAUCGAGAACGUCAAGGCGAAGAUCCAGGACAAGGAGGGCAUCCCUCCCGACCAGCAGAGGCUGAUCUUUGCCGGCAAGCAGCUGGAAGAUGGCCGCACCCUGUCCGACUACAACAUCCAGAAGGAGUCCACCCUGCACCUGGUGCUGCGCCUCAGAGGUGGCAUGCAGAUCUUCGUGAAGACCCUGACCGGCAAGACCAUCACCCUCGAGGUGGAGCCCAGUGACACCAUUGAGAACGUCAAGGCGAAGAUCCAGGACAAGGAGGGCAUCCCUCCCGACCAGCAGAGGCUGAUCUUUGCCGGCAAGCAGCUGGAAGAUGGCCGCACCCUGUCCGACUACAACAUCCAGAAGGAGUCCACGCUGCACCUGGUGCUGCGCCUCAGAGGUGGCAUGCAGAUCUUCGUGAAGACCCUGACCGGCAAGACCAUCACCCUUGAGGUGGAGCCCAGUGACACCAUCGAGAACGUCAAGGCGAAGAUCCAGGACAAGGAGGGCAUCCCCCCUGACCAGCAGAGGCUGAUCUUUGCCGGCAAGCAGCUGGAAGAUGGCCGCACCCUGUCCGACUACAACAUCCAGAAAGAGUCCACCCUGCACCUGGUGCUGCGCCUCAGAGGUGGCAUGCAGAUCUUCGUGAAGACCCUGACCGGCAAGACCAUCACCCUCGAGGUGGAGCCCAGUGACACCAUCGAGAACGUCAAGGCGAAGAUCCAGGACAAGGAGGGCAUCCCUCCCGACCAGCAGAGGCUGAUCUUUGCCGGCAAGCAGCUGGAAGAUGGCCGCACCCUGUCCGACUACAACAUCCAGAAGGAGUCCACCCUGCACCUGGUGCUGCGCCUCAGAGGUGGCAUGCAGAUCUUCGUGAAGACCCUGACCGGCAAGACCAUCACCCUCGAGGUGGAGCCCAGUGACACCAUUGAGAACGUCAAGGCGAAGAUCCAGGACAAGGAGGGCAUCCCUCCCGACCAGCAGAGGCUGAUCUUUGCCGGCAAGCAGCUGGAAGAUGGCCGCACCCUGUCCGACUACAACAUCCAGAAGGAGUCCACGCUGCACCUGGUGCUGCGCCUCAGAGGUGGCAUGCAGAUCUUCGUGAAGACCCUGACCGGCAAGACCAUCACCCUUGAGGUGGAGCCCAGUGACACCAUCGAGAACGUCAAGGCGAAGAUCCAGGACAAGGAGGGCAUCCCCCCUGACCAGCAGAGGCUGAUCUUUGCCGGCAAGCAGCUGGAAGAUGGCCGCACCCUGUCCGACUACAACAUCCAGAAAGAGUCCACCCUGCACCUGGUGCUGCGCCUCAGAGGUGGCAUGCAGAUCUUCGUGAAGACCCUGACCGGCAAGACCAUCACCCUCGAGGUGGAGCCCAGUGACACCAUCGAGAACGUCAAGGCGAAGAUCCAGGACAAGGAGGGCAUCCCUCCCGACCAGCAGAGGCUGAUCUUUGCCGGCAAGCAGCUGGAAGAUGGCCGCACCCUGUCCGACUACAACAUCCAGAAGGAGUCCACCCUGCACCUGGUGCUGCGCCUCAGAGGUGGCAUGCAGAUCUUCGUGAAGACCCUGACCGGCAAGACCAUCACCCUCGAGGUGGAGCCCAGUGACACCAUCGAGAAUGUCAAGGCGAAGAUCCAGGACAAGGAGGGCAUCCCCCCUGACCAGCAGAGGCUGAUCUUUGCCGGCAAGCAGCUGGAAGAUGGCCGCACCCUGUCCGACUACAACAUCCAGAAGGAGUCCACCCUGCACCUGGUGCUGCGCCUCAGAGGUGGCAUGCAGAUCUUCGUGAAGACCCUGACCGGCAAGACCAUCACCCUUGAGGUGGAGCCCAGUGACACCAUUGAGAACGUCAAGGCGAAGAUCCAGGACAAGGAGGGCAUCCCCCCUGACCAGCAGAGGCUGAUCUUUGCUGGCAAGCAGCUGGAAGAUGGCCGCACCCUGUCCGACUACAACAUCCAGAAGGAGUCCACCCUGCACUUGGUCCUGCGUCUGAGGGGAGGUGUCUAAGUUCCCUCUCAAGCUUUAACAAAUAUCACUGCACUUUUCUUUCAAUAAAGUUCUUGCAUUCCAA